AUGGAAUGUAAAAAGAAACCACCAGACAGAAUUGUUCCAAAAAAACCAUCACAGCACAAAUCAACACCAUCCAACCGCGGAAAAGAAUUCAGGAAUAAUAUCUUAUCACAACAAGAACCGACAUUAUCCAAUCGAGAUAAAGCAUGCAGGAAUAAGAUCAUAUCAUCGCAAAAACCGACGUCAUUCAACCGAGACCAAGAAUGCAGGAAUAGUCUCGUAUCACAGCAAAAACCAACGUUGUCCAACAGAGACCAAAAAUUCAGAAAUAACCUGGCAUCGAAAUAUAUCGAUCACAUGCCCUAUGUCAAUGACUCUAAUACUCGACUUUCGGCCUGGUGCGAUAUUAAGGAGGUCCUCUUUCCGUCCUGCUCCGAUCCUAACUGUGACAUUGUGCUAAACGCUCUCAAGGUCGUGAGUAGAUAUCCGUGGGAAGGGAGCAAAAUGCAACCAUGCACUCCCAAACAGCAAAUGAUCUUUCUCAGGAAUUUCCGGUUGGUGCCUUCCGGUACACUUCUUGUGGAUCUCCAGUUUGUAAAGGACAACAUCAAUGACCUUUGGGAGAUGGUCUGGCUCAAACACGGUACUUCACUCGACGCCUGUAGCAGGAGAUGCCAUUAUGCAACUACACAGUUGAUGCGCCCCGCCGACAAUGAUCAGACUUUCUUCGACAAGAGUAUGCAGUAGAAACAAAAUAAUACCCAAGCAUGUAAAACCAGCUUGAACGGAUCUGAUGUUAAAGUAGAGGAAUCUUACACUGAGACAUCGAAAUUCCUGGAUAAUGAAUGCAGUACUCAAGGAGAUACCACCAAUACAGAUGUUCAUCAGAUAAAUAAUGUCAAUAUGAAACAGAGCCUAUAUCAAUUGGACAACGAUUGCCUCACUGACAACAGGACACAGCAAACUUCGACUGAAGCAAAAUCUAAGAUGGACAAAUCAUUUCCAGAAUAUCGGUAUCCAACUAUAGAGACAUUGAAAUUAAUACCAAGGAGAGUUGACACGUCCAACAGCAUAUCUAUAAAUACCAAACAUGUGGGAUACACGGUAAUACCUGUUGUGAAGUCCUGUGACAAGGAUACUGACGACCUUUCAUUUUGCUCAGGUGCAGAAGUUUCGGCUACAUUCCCUCAGCUUCAUGAUUACCUAGACAGACUCUCUAGUGAAUUUGUAGCUGGUCAUACUGACUCUGCCAAAAACAAAAUCAGGCGGAGUACAAAUAUUGAAGGACGAUGCUUUACGAACUGGAAGAUCAGAAGACAUGGAUGGAACGUGCCUUGGCAACACAUGACAUCAAAAGACAUUGUCGUUGCUUGGAAUUCAGUGGUAAACGAGCUUCAACGUCUCGCGGGAAAGGCAGUUGAUGGAAAUGACAUUUUACCUGUGCCAAAUUCCGGUCCGAUUAAUUACAAGGAAAAUUUUUCACAUCUGGUUUGCGACAGGAAUUUUUCAAAUUGGAUGUCAACGAGCAAUUGUCGAAAGCAAGUUUACCCUCCAAAUAAAGAGAAUCAUGUACACAAUAUCACACUUGCGAAACAGAAGCCAGAUCAAUCGAUAAAUCCAAAGACAUUGUACGAACUUUGUCAGGGGCAGGUAAAGAGAAAUGGUGAACGGAAAUACGUCAUCCCAGGGGAAAAACCUAAUGGUAUGGAAAGGAAGUCUUUUCCUAAUGUUAACAGACGUGUUCAAGAAAGAAGAAAUGCAGACCUUAUCAUUUCUAUGAAAGUUCGAGAUAGUUCUGAAGCUGCCACAACGGUGAAGGAAGUCAUGCCAGUGAAUCAGAUUACAUGUGUUACAGAAAAUGGGAACAAAUUUGAUAGUGUCUGCAAGAAACCGGGAAAUGUUGAUAAAACAACACAUCCAAAGAAAAGACAAAGAGUGAAAAGUCCAACAGAAGCACUGACGCUGGACGCUAUAAAAAGCGUAGAUGUUAGUCUUAACAAAAACCAGAACGCAUUGGAUAGUAGUGAUAAGGAUGGUCCAACACUGGCACAAUUGCUGUCACAUCAAACCCCGAUACAGAGAUUACCAACUACUUCAUGUUUAUCGUAUAUAAAUGACGAACAUAGCUCCAUAAACCAAAACGCAUUACAUCGCAACAAAGAUGAUGUACCACAGUUAUCAAAUGUAUAUAUUGGUAGGGUGUCAGAGUUAUCUCAACAACCUGCACAACGGUCUAGACUAUUUCAAUACCCAACUUCCCUAUCAAUGGAUCCUUUUGACAGAACCAAGUGCCAGACUGAAAAUUCAACAAAUGAUCAGACUUUUCACCACUUGCGAAAAUGUGAAUCAUUUCCAAAGAAAACCUUUGAAAAGUACAGCGGUAUUUGGAAUAGAAUAGCAGAUGCUUCAAAUGAGCAGUUGGCCGGCAGGCUCCAAAAUACAUCAUCUCAUCCAACAAAUACAUCCAAAGGGACCACUGCCUCUACGUCCAUGUUAAAGUCCAAACCACAGUGGAACAUCGAUCAAAUUAUCAAAGACCAUCCUCGACAAAUAAAAGGCGACUCAUUGUAUGGAAUCAGUAUUAAUAAAACACAAGCUCACUACGCAUCACAACUACGUAACACUUCCAACAAAUCCGGCGCCAAAACGCAGCAGAGCAAGCCGCACUCUGGAUGUUUUCAAAGACAAAGUACCAAUGAAGUACUUCCAAGUGUAGUAAAGGCAAAAGGUUUGAUGCUAUCAACGCCUUCCGGCAAACCGACAGACACUAAGAAAUAUCACCAGAAGAAGAAAGAAAUAUGGUAUAGAAAUGAGUCGAUCAGCAAGCCCAAGUGCAAUAUACAUGCAAACAAUCUGCUUGAAAUGGUGUCAGCCAAUCCGUUCAAUCAGACUAUCGAAUCCAUGAUCGCUCUUCGACGAUUUAACUGUGACUUUGAUGCUGUAAAUGGAAGCCUUCCUAAUGCGACCAUUGGACCAAGGAUGUCUCCGUUGCCAAAGAUCGAUCCAGGCAAAGUAUCUACGUCUCAAAGAGUCAGAUCUGGGAAACUUGAUAACAGUUUGCACCAUCAGGAUAACCUGAUCUGUGAUCACCCUAUCUCAAUGACUAGUGAAUCGGAAAAAACUGAAUCAUCUUCAUCAACGAAAAGCCAGAUAAGUAAAAAGGGUACAAGAACCUCAUUUUUCAUUCAGAAUGAAGAGAAAUACUUUCCUGCCAAACCAAAAACAGUCAGGUCCGUAAAAGAAGACGGAAUGGAAAACAAACGAAUUCAUUCAAAGCAUCAGAAAACCAUAGCAGUCGAGAAAAGCUCACUACAGGAAGAAAAGACUGUAACUGAAAUAGGCACUAGAAAUCAUUCAGAUGAACUGCCAAAGUUGUCAAAAAGUGAAAACUGCCUCAAAUCAAAGGAUUUUUACAAAGAAAAUACAUCUGUUUUCAAAAGUGCAUCAUCUCCAGGUCUCCUAUCAAAUAAGUACAAAGUCGAGGUGAACGAUUUAACCUUGAGGUUUAUACGGUUAAAAGGAAAGGAAGAUAUGGAAAAGAAAAUGCCUUGUCAAAAUCAAAAACAAGCUACUGAAAAAGUUCAGGCAAAAUCUGUUCAAUGUGGAAAAGAGUCUCAGGCUGAGAGCAAGACUGUAGAUAGUGAGGAAACCUGUAUACCUGGAGUCAUAAAUACAACAAAAGCAGCAAAAAUUGGUUUUCAAAAUCAAGAGACGGUUCCGGUGGAAGACAAACGAAAAAACGUAUAUAAUGAUCACCCUGUCGGCAGAAAUUCUAGCGAAAAAACGAAGUCGUGUUGUCAAAGUAACAGAUGUCAUUGCCAAAUGAUUAACGUGGAUGAUAUGAACGCAAUGAAAUCAAACAUCAAUAUUGAGGCUAGGAUGGACAAUGGCGUUGGAAAUUCCAGUAGACCUGUUCAGUAUUUGCAUAAUAAAAAACGAUGGUUGAUUGAAUACAAUCAGAACACCGGCAGUACAAUUGAUGAAAUCAACGAAAAAAAUCCAUCGACUCAACUUUCAAAGGUUGAUACCAUGCUUGGUUCAUUUUCCGAUAAACAUCCUGAAAGCACGGAGUCGGAGUCAGAUUUCCAAAACGUAAAUGUACUCCCAAGUGGCAGUUCAGAGGAUGGAAAUGAAAUCCUGUCGGAAAAUGAAGAAAAGAUCCUUUCAUGUAUACCACCAUUGGAUGAAGAAAGUCACACAUACAUAGUGUUAGACAAUCUGGAUGAUGCAUGGUGUAUUUCUAGGGAUACUACGCAUUCUGAAGUAACUGAUAUUUCUAUUCCAACAAUAUCUGACGAAAUUCUACUCGUUGAUGAGAAUGAACUAGGAUUGGUGGAAGAGGUCGUUGAUCAUGUCGAUCAUGUUUCGGUGACCGAUGUCUUGAAACCUAAAGACCACACACAAUCAACUAUAGACGAGAAAAAUGAAAAACAUCAUCAGAACCAAAAUGGUGUAAAUAUGAAGAAGACGAUAGAGACGAGUGUUAAAGCGUCUAGUGUUGGGAGUGAUACCGAAACUCCAUUUGAAGGCUCGGUGUAUGUUUUUGAUGAUAGUAAGAAAAACGGUUCCAGAAAAGGUUCAAAGAGUGGUGUGAAUAUAAUUCGUAGGAGUGUUCGACAACAUCUCAGCCCAAGGAAAUCCAUGGCAGAGGUUUCAGAGAAGUCAAUAUAUAGUGGGUCAGAAAGGACAGCGUCUAAGAAUGCGAAAAAGACAAAGGGCAAUAAGUCCGCGAAAACAAAAUCUGCUUCAAAGCUGAAAACACAGACUUCAAGAGAAGAUUCAGCAAAGAAUUCGACAGAGAACAAAGGCCAAUCGUCUGUCUGUAGAUCGUAUUUUGACGCAGAGAGCUUCCCCAGAAGCAAAGUUAUAAGUGAUACUGCAGUCACAGAUGCAGAUAAAUGCUUGGAGGACUUUGAUACUAACCUUGAUACUGUUUUCAUGGAUAAAAAUAAAGUUUCACCAGACACACUUGCAGACACAAAUACAGCUGUAAAGAGUACAGGUAGAAUCAAGGACGAUACAAUAGAGAAAAUAGAAGAUAUUGCAUCAUCUUCAAUUUCUUGCACGGAGAGAAAAUGUUCUGGACAUACAAGAAUUAGCGUCAAAUGUCCAAAUAAAGUAAAGCAGAAAAACAUCACUCAACACGACAUGAAUACUGCCAACAAAACCAUACAACACUUGGCUGCAGAACAGAGAAGAAUGCUAGACAUCAUCAAACAGUCUUCAUCGUCGCGAUCAUUACCGUCGCCUGCCGCUUACCCGCCACGAACAACAACAAAUCAAACGGACAGUUUGACCAUCGGUUCUUCCUCAUUCAGUUUUGUCCCUGUGUACAUGAAAGACCAGGCAUGUAAAGGAGGAUAUGCUCACAUGGAAGGUGUGACAUGUCCGUACGUCAUCAUGGACGGCUAUAAAUUUGUUGCUUUCCAAGAUGUCCUUCAAAUGUUCCCCAAAUGUGACAAGGCUUGUAAAGUGAUAAGAAAUGUCCUCACCCAACACAGGAGUUUGUCACGUACUUUCUGCGACUGGGACCAGGUUUACCUGCUGGACCAAUUGUUUAUUCAGAAGGGUAGAUCUGUGACGACGGGGGAUACAUUGAUUAGGGUCGACUCCCUCGUCAAACACCUCCCGUCCAUCAGGGAUAGCAUCAGGGAGGAGCAUUUCAAACUCCAUCGAAAAGGAAGGACUAAUCUACAGUGUGUUCGGCAAUAUUGA